AUGAACCCAUCGAUAGCUGGGUUGUGUUCAGCUAUAUUCCUUCGUGAAGAAGCAGGAUUGGAGCCUACCAUUGUUCCUUCACCUUCUCCGACGUCCGGCUUGUAUAUCAGAACCCGAGGUGGAGAUCUGACAAAGGUUUCAAUUCCUCCAGACUGCCUUGCCUUCCAAACCGGCGAGGCCCUGGAGCUAGUCACUGCUGGAAAGUUACGGGCGACACCUCAUUGUGUGCGGGUUGGGCAAACACAAGUUGGAGCAAAGAUAUCGCGAGAGACGUUUGCUCUCUUCAUGCAGCCCGAUACUCACCAACGUAUCUCUGAAAGUGAUACCUUCGGGUCAUUUAGCAAGAAGGUGCUGGAGGAACACUAUGAAGAAGCCAGGGUAAUAUGA